UGUUACAAUUUAAUAACAUAUAACACCGUUUCCUUAGUCAACGCUUGCAACCGCUGUCGAUUCUCUUAUGUUUUCCAACUCUUUCGAAGCGAAACCGUUGUUCAGAGCUUCAAUCGGGUCGGAUCUUAGUGUCAGUUUCAGUUCGGGUCAAGUGACCAUGUUGAAGAACAGUUGUAGUUGCAGCAUGUCGACCGCAGAACCCGGUUCAGUGUUUUUCCGCUCCGUUUUCAGAACUUGCAGCAAGAGAAAAGAUCCUAAGAAUACUACAUACUGGAAGCCUCCACAAGCAUCUGCAGGAAAUGAUUUUCACCUCCCAAUGAGCAGUUCAGUGGUUAAAAAUAGGACAUCAAUGGAGGGCAUUAGGAGUCUGCGAUUGAUAACAGCGGUUAAAACUCCUUAUCUACCUAACGGCCAAUUUGAUCUUGAUUCAUAUGAUAACUUGGUGGAUAUGCAGAUUGCAAAAGGCAUUGAAGGUAUUCUGGUUGCAGGCUCAACUGGUGAAGGCCAACUAAUGACCUGGAGUGAACAAAUAAUGCUUAUUGCACACACAGUUAACUGUUUUGGGGACAGAGUUAAGGUUGUUGGUAAUGCUGGAAGCAACUGCACAUCAGAGGCAAUUAAAGCCACUGAGAGAGGUUUUGCUGUUGGAAUGAAUGCUGCACUUCAUAUAAGCCCUUACUAUGGCAAAACCUCUUUGGAUGGUUUGGUUGCUCACUAUUACAGUGUACUUUCCAUUGGCCCCGUCAUUGUAUAUAACAUACCUACAAGGACUAAUCAAGAUAUUCCUCCCAGUGUAGUUCAAACCUUGGCUCAAAGUCCUAAUUUGGUUGGUGUCAAGGAGUGUGUGGGAACUGAGAGGAUCAAACAAUAUACAGAUGAAGGGAUUGUUGUAUGGACAGGGAAUGAUAAAAUGAGCCAUGAUGCUAGAUGGGAUUUUGGAGCUGUUGGAGUUCAAUCUGUUGCUAGCAACCUAGUUCCUGGUUUGAUGAGAAAACUCAUGUUUGAAAACAAGAAUGUUACACUGAAUUCAAAGCUGAUUCCUCUGUUUGAUUGGCUUUCUCAAGAGCCUGUGCCUAUUGCUUUGAACACUGCUCUUGCUCAACUUGGGGUCAUCAAACCAGUUUUCAGACUACCCCAUGUUCCCUUGCCUGUGAAUAAAAGGAUAGAGUUUGUCAAUUUGGUGAAGCAAAUGGGUCGAGAGCAUUUUGUUGGAGAAAAAGAUGCUCAAGUUCUUGAGAAUGAUGACUUUAUCGUAGUUGGUAGAUAUUGAAGUAGAUUACCAUGUUCUUCUAGUCUCUGUAUAAGUUAACACUUUUGGCCUUGUUAUUCUUUUGAAAGUUUGGUGAUGUUCAAAAA